ACAAAGUAACAAACAUCUAUGGAUACAGUUGAUACCCAUGCCAGUGUGGCACAUUUGAAAAUCGUGGUAAAAGUGUAAUUUGGUGUGUGACUGAUGGCACCUGAGCUACAAAACAAAUUUAUCCACCCGUGUUUUUGGGAUAACUGGCUGCGUUCUCGGACAGGCGUGUAUUGUAUGUAAGAUGUUAUUUCCUGAUUUGAAAAGUUUAUUUGCCACAACAGCGGCGACGUCUGGUAUUAUUCAGUUUUUAUCUGGAGUACCAGUAUGCAAGGGUUUUGUUGAUACUGGGACAACAGGAGAGAGUGAACCAACAACGUUCGUUGCUGGACUAUUGUCGUCCUCUUUAUGGCUUUUGUAUGGCAUCGCAAUAUCUGACACUUCUACAGUUAUUGUCAACUCAAUUGGUGUUUUACUACAGUUCAGUUAUGUAGUAACAUACUAUAUAUACGCUAUCAGGAAGUCACAGGUAUUGAAGUACAUCUCUGUAUUCAUUGUGGUGUUGCUAUUAACACUUCUGUAUUUAUACUUUGACACAAAUCCAGACAGAAAGAGAUAUCACAUGGGUCUCUUAUGUACAUUUGUGACCAUCAUGUUCUUUGCUGCGCCAUUGAUGACCUUGCGCAAGGUUAUAAGAUCAAGAAGUACACGUUCUCUUCCAUUUCCUAUUAUAUUAAUGACAUUUUUGUCAUCAGUACAAUGGUUAAUAUACGGAAUUCUAUUGGGGGAUCCAUUCAUGAAGAUUGUAAAUGUAAUUGGUACACUAUUGAGCGCAUUUCAGCUCUCACUUUUUGUUAUAUACCGUGACCAACCAGUGCAGGCAGAGUGAAGAGAUCGCAGUGAAAGGACACCAUCUUUGCACCGAAGAGAAGUGCAAUGUAUUUAUUAUUGGUUGUUUAUUUUUUGUGUUAUGAGCAGAAAAGAGUGAAAUGACUUACGACUGAGAAACUUACAUCCAUAACUGUUUUGUGAUAAGAUUUUAAAUUGAUGUACCUGAGGAAAACUAGAUACUCUGUUGAAAUGGGAAAAAUCUUCUUUCAAAUACACGUAAUUUUUAAAGGCUUCAUGUAAAUGGCUGUGAGAUAAUUAUAUUUUAUAUGAGACUAUAUUUUACUUGUGGUUAAUAAA